GAAAACUACUCACAAGGUUGUUGAAAACUCUUCGACAGCCCACGACCGGUUUCGCCCUUCCGCUUGGGGCUCAUCAGGUAGGCGCCGUCCCCGGGUUUCCGUCAACCUUAUGUUCUACUUGAAUCCAAAUUGGACUACUUUUAAGAAAUACUCUCGUUUGCAAAUCAAUUUGGCGCAGCCCCUGAGGUUUCCGUCGGUCACAUUUAUGUUCCGAUUUAACUCGAUUUGUACGACAUUCGACAAAUAUACUCAGCUGCGCACCAAUCGGGUCCGCACAGGAGACUCAGUUGAAUGUCUCGUUUGCGAUGUUCUUCAACGGAAUGUGAUGCACAAAGGCCAUCUCUCUCGUGAUUCUCACUGGCCGUGCGAUCACACGGAUAUCUUGAGAAAACGAGUCAAGGCAGGCUCAGCCAACGGGACACGAACUAGCAUGGCAACUGGAUGUGCUGCACCAGGCCGCCUCAUGUUUCAGUGGCUACGAUAUUCGAUACAUCGCAGUAAAGGUGUAUUUUGUAAUGCACUACUUGUAAGGUUGCUGAAAAUUCGCCGACAGCCCACGACAGGUUUCGCCCUUCUUGGAACUCAUCAGGCAACUGAAUGUGCUGCACCAGGCAGUCUCAUUUUUCAGUCGCUACGAUAUUUGAAAUAUCGCGAUACAUACAUGUGUAAUACGUCUAUAUUUGUAUCACGAUAUCUCGAAAAUCAUACCAAGGGGAAUAUGAGGCGGCCUGGUGCAGCACAUUCAGUUGCUUGGGGACAUCACAAACGGGAGAUUCAGCUGAUUCAACUGAAUCUCUCGUUUAUGAUUUUCUGCAACUUAAUGGGCUGCACACAGGCCGCCCCAUGUUUCAGUUGGCACGAUAUUCAAGAUAUCACAAUAUAUUUUCAUAAAGGAAACUACCCACAAGCAGCUGAAAGUUCUGCGCCAGGCCGCCUUAUGUUUCAGUCGCUGCGAUAUUUGAGAUAUCACGAAACAUGUAUAUUCGUGAUGUAUGUAUA